GCCGCGUUGCCAAGGAAGUGAGCGGCGGCCUCAGCGGCAACCGGGCCGCCUCACGCCGGAUCGGAGGCUGGCCGGGGCGGCGGCGGCGGAGGAAAGGCCCGUCUCCUCCGGUGGGGGGGGGGGAACGCACGCGAGGGCCCCUCCCAGGCCCAGCACGGGAGGACUACAAGCCCCAUCGGGCACCGCGGCGGCGCAAGGCCCACCUUCCAGGCCCAGCCCCCACCGACCCCCGUGAGGCAGCUGAGGCGGCACCGGUCAUGGCCGGAGGGGCAGCCGGUCGCCAGGAUUAGAAGAAUCCUUGGGUCUUCCUGAUUCCGUCCUCUGUUCAUUUGGCCCCCGCGCCAAUCCGUGGUCAUGUUGAAGUUAAAGUGCUCGGAGUCGGUCAGAGUUGUCGUACGAUGCCGGCCCAUGAACAGCAAAGAGAAGGUAGCCUCCUAUGACCAGGUGGUGGAAGUGGACGUGAAAUUGGGGCAGGUCUCUGUGAAGAACCCCAAGGGAACAUCUCAUGAACUUCCAAAGACCUUCACCUUCGAUGCCGUUUAUGACUGGAGCUCCAAACAGUUUGAGCUUUAUGAUGAGACUUUCCGGCCGUUGGUGGACUCGGUUCUCCAGGGGUUCAAUGGGACCAUUUUUGCUUAUGGGCAAACCGGGACGGGGAAAACGUACACCAUGGAAGGCGUGCGUGGAGACGUUGAGAAAAGAGGGGUCAUCCCCAACUCAUUCGACCACAUCUUCACCCACAUUUCCCGGUCUCAGAACCAGCAGUAUCUGGUGAGGGCUUCCUACUUGGAGAUCUACCAAGAAGAAAUCAGAGACUUACUCUCCAAGGACCAAUCCAAGAGGCUGGAGCUGAAGGAGAGGCCCGAUACGGGAAUCUACGUCAAGGAUCUCUCGUCGUUUGUCACCAAAAGUGUGAAAGAAAUCGAACACGUCAUGAACGUCGGGAACCAGAAUCGUUCGGUGGGCGCCACCAACAUGAACGAGCACAGUUCCCGUUCCCACGCCAUUUUUGUCAUCACCAUCGAAUGCAGCGAGGUGGGGCUCGACGGGGAGAACCACAUACGGGUCGGGAAGUUGAAUCUGGUGGAUCUCGCGGGCAGCGAGCGCCAAUCCAAGACCGGAGCCCAGGGGGAGAGGUUGAAAGAAGCCACCAAGAUCAACCUCUCUCUCUCCGCCUUGGGCAACGUCAUCUCUGCCCUCGUGGAUGGCAAAAGCACCCACAUUCCCUACAGGGACUCCAAGCUGACCCGACUGCUCCAGGAUUCCUUGGGGGGCAACGCUAAGACCGUGAUGGUCGCCAACAUUGGCCCUGCCUCCUACAACGUGGAGGAGACCUUGACCACCUUGAGAUACGCCAACCGUGCCAAGAACAUCAAGAACAAGCCAAGGGUCAACGAAGACCCCAAAGACGCUCUCCUGAGGGAAUUCCAAGAAGAAAUUGCUCGUCUGAAGGCCCAGCUGGAGAAAAGGUCCAUCGUCAAGAGGAAGAAGAAGGAGAGGAGGAGAGACGGCGGCAUGGGCGAGGAGGAGGAGGAAGAGGAAGAAGAGGAGGAGGAAGAGGAAGGGGAAGAAGAGGAAGGGGCGGACAAAGAUGACUACUGGAAAGAGCAGCAAGAGAAGCUGGAGAUCGAGAAGAAGGCCAUCCUGGAGGACCACAGCUUGGUUGCCGAGGACAAGAUGAGGCUCCUGAAAGAGAAGGAGAAGAAGAUGGAAGACCUGAGACGGGAGAAAGAGGCGGCUGAAAAGCUGGGUGCCAAAAUCAAGGCAAUGGAGAGCAAGCUGCUUGUUGGGGGAAAGAACAUCGUGGAUCACACAAACGAGCAGCAGAAAAUCCUAGAGCAGAAACGGCAGGAGAUCGCUGAGCAGAAACGACGGGAACGAGAAAUCCAACAGCAAAUGGAAAGUCGGGAUGAAGAGACCUUGGAGCUGAAGGAGACCUAUAGCUCCUUACAGCAGGAAGUGGACAUCAAAACUAAGAAACUGAAAAAGCUGUUUUCUAAGCUGCAAGCGGUGAAGGCCGAAAUCCACGACCUGCAGGAGGAGCACAUCAAAGAGAGACAAGAACUGGAACAAACCCAGAACGAGCUCACCCGGGAGCUCAAGCUGAAGCACCUGAUCAUCGAGAACUUCAUUCCUUUGGAAGAGAAGAACAAGAUCAUGAACAGAUCCUUCUUUGACGAGGAGGAAGAUCAGUGGAAGCUUCACCCCAUCACCCGACUGGAGAACCAACAGAUGAUGAGAAGGCCGGUGUCCGCUGUGGGGUACAAGAGACCCCUGAGUCAGCACGCAAGGAUGUCCAUGAUGGUCCGUCCAGAAGCUCGGUACAGGGCAGAAAACAUUGUCCUGCUGGAACUGGAUAUGCCCAGUCGGACCACGCGGGAUUACGAGGGCCCGGCCAUCGCCCCCAAAGUCCAGGCAGCUCUAGAAGCCGCUUUGCAAGAUGAAGAUGAGAUCCAAGUGGACGCGUCUACUUUUGAGAGUACGUCAAACAAGAAAUCUAAAUCCCGGCCUAAAACCGGAAGGAAGUCUGGCGGUUCCCCCUCCAGCGCCUCCAGCUCUCAGCUCUACCCCCAGUCUCGCGGGCUGGUCCCCAAGUAAGCCCGUGGCUGCUGCUUGAGGGCGGGGCUCCUAUUUGGCCGUAAACGCAGAGGCACGUUAACAACCUGCAAAGGGGGGCUAGGACUUUAAAAGAGGCCAGAGUCCAGAAGGCGGCCUUCUUUUGAGAGGAAAACAGCAGCCCCAUUCUGCACCUUGGUAGGACAGGUUUACGAGGGCUGCCUCUCGCCUGCGCGAAGGAACGAUUUGUUCCUUGGGCACCGCGGUUGAAGGCGAAGGAGCCUUUAGUUAGGAAAUCAGAAAUGCAUGAGUUACAUUAGUGUGUGUUAGAAGCCAAGAGAAGCGUGGGGUGGGGUGUGGGGGGGUAUCCCCCUGCCCUCCUCCCCUCCGUGGCCUUCUCUCCUCCUUUUACGGUCUUUCUCUCGUCCUCCGUCCUCGGAGCGGAAGGCAAAUCUCGCUGCAGUCACCUCGAUGAUGCCCGAGAACAAGGUUGAGAAGUGACCAGACGGAUUUUUUUUUUUUUUGCUAGCCAUGAUGACUUUCCUCCCCCCCCCACUCCCUUUUCCAAUGGAAGGACUGGAGGGGUGAGGGUUGGAUUGAAAACGCCUCCGAAUUGGGGAAAAAGAGGCGAGAUCGAAAGACAGCCCGAAAGAGCUUUCGGUACAAAUGCAAAGUGGGGAAGGUUGCAAAACCCACUCUCCCGUUUUCUUCUUCUUCUUUUUUUGGCAAUAGAAGGUAGGAAGUUCCUUCAAUCCUUGGCUUGUUUACAGGGUGGGGUGGGUUUAAAAAGGUUCCAGGGGGAUUCCUGGAGACCUCGGCCACGAAGGCCAGCAGAGGCUACCUGGUCUAACAGUCGCCCACAUCUCACCUUCCUCUCCUCUCCAUCUCAUUCUCUACAACAGGGGUCCCUAAACUUGGCAGCUUUAAGACUUGUGGACUUCAACUUUCAGAAUUCUCCAGCCAGCUAUGCUAUGCUGGCUGGAGAAUUCUGGGAGUUGAAGUCCACAAGCCUUAAAGCUGCCAGGUUUGGGGGACCUCUGCUCUACAACCUGGCGACCGAUGCUUCUAUGUCUUCCACUGUAGCUUCCCUGACCUUGCUUUCUUGUCUCCAGUUUCCCUCCCCGGGAGAAAUUAGACCUUCUGUUGUCCUCUCAAUAUUAUCCUCCUCGCAUUAAAUCAGAGCCAUCUUUGAGAGGGGGGAUUCCCAGGGCAAGUCUCCACGUGUCUUAUUCCAACUCCUGUCCUCUUUCGCUCCGAAAUUCCUAGUUAAUAAUAGAUACCAAGCAGUGGAUGUGGAAAGUGAAAUGCUGCUGAAAGGGGUAGGGGGUCCAAUGGCUAAAGACUGUGUGUCCUGCCUCCCCCACCCCCCUUGUAUUGUUUUAUAGUUUGGUUUGUAUAUUUAACAUGGUUGCACAUUGCAAGUUCAGUUGUGUGUUUUUGUUUUGUUUUUAUGUCGACGGUCUUAACUGUGAAUAUAUUCUCAUCAGCUCCUUCUCCGAAUGUUUUUCACAUCCAUGUUUUUCAUCUGUAUAAGCAUGUACGUCUAACUAAUCUCAAGGCAUACUCUUAAGCAUAAAGGGUCGUCUUUGUUUCCUUGUUACACCUUCUUGAGUCACUCCUCUUUGGUGGGUGGGGGGGGCGGCGUAAGAAUUCCACGGUCUCAUCCAUCCUGUGUCCCCCCCCCAUAUAAGGACACCCUGAGAGGCAUUCUGCUGGCAUGGUGCCUCAGGAGGCCCAGCAUUGUUCCCCAAACCUUCUGCUGUUGAAUUUGGCCAAGUAUGUUUCUGGAACGACCGUGGAUCAGAGGGGCAUUUAUUGGGCGAGGGUUUUUUAGAAUCGUAUGAAACAGAUGCUGUUAUUCUGCCAAGUACAUGUCCUAUUUUGUGGGGCUAAUUCCCUUUGUAAUUAAUAAAAAUUGGCUGGCGGACGUUCAGUAACAAAUCCAAAGAUGAUAAUAAAAGUAUGCAAUGAUGAAGCCACGUGCCUGUUGCUUUUGAUUGUGAACAGGGCAGGGCAAGAGACCAAGGUCUGAUCAGAGCCCCCACCCCACCCUACCCUACCCCCCGCCCCAACUUGCUUGGCAAGAAUUCAGCGGAAACAAGAAGCAGGGAGCAUUUAACUGUUCCCCUAAUGGCUGCAUUUCUGACUUGAGACACUUUGAACAAUUGGAGUCCCCGUUUUUCCCUCGCCUAAAACUUUUCUCCAUCUUAACCUUUCACUUACUGUCUUUCUUAGGGUGUUUUCUGAAGCUGGCACCCCCCCUUUGGAAAUGUUUUAAUAAGCCACGGCGUCAGCUAGUGCCUUGUUAUUUAAGGCAGCCCUUCCUGACUUGGUAUCCCUAAGUAUGUUUGAAUUGUUUCUUCAUAUCCCAUGCCAUGCUGUGAAUAUUAAACGUUGGUACCAUGCUAAACCAAUACAGCGAAAUUCUCCAACCUUGGCAACUUUAAGACUUGUGGACUUCGACUCUCAGAAUUUCCCAGCCUGCAUCAUGAUGCUGGCUAGAGAAUUUUGGAAGUCUAAGUCCACAAGUCCUAAAAGUUGCCAAGGUUGGAGAUGCCUGCAAUGAAUGGAAAAUUAAUUCGCUGGGUUCCUUACCUGUGUGUAAGUCUCUUGGUUCCAGCGAGACUUGACGGGAUAUGAGAAGUGCUACUGUUUUCUGCAAGCAAUGUUUCCUUCCUAGGACUGUACCUAACCGACUACUGUUUUAUCUGUACAUAAAAGAACACUUGUCAAUGGUUCUUUUUCUGUCCAUGGAUUUAAAGCUUGUAUCUCUGUAAUAGCCUCUCUUGUCUAGGAAUGUAAAAGUGCUCCUGCAAAAAUAUAAUAAUAAAAAAAAUCAUCUGGAUUUAUUGUAUGUAAAAUAA